AUGUCGGGGGCCACGGGCGGCGCGACGGGCUCGGCCCGGAAGCGGCUGCUGAAGGAGGAGGACAUGACCAAGGUGGAGUUCGAGACCAGCGAGGAGGUGGACGUGACCCCCACCUUCGACACCAUGGGCCUGCGCGAGGACCUGCUGCGCGGCAUCUACGCCUACGGUUUUGAGAAACCUUCCGCUAUCCAACAGAGAGCAAUCAAACAGAUAAUAAAAGGAAGAGAUGUGAUUGCACAAUCACAGUCUGGAACAGGCAAAACAGCAACAUUUUCCAUCUCCGUUUUACAAUGUCUUGACAUCCAGGUUCGUGAAACCCAGGCAUUGAUUUUGGCACCUACUAGAGAAUUGGCAGUACAAAUUCAGAAGGGGCUUCUUGCUCUUGGUGACUACAUGAAUGUCCAGUGCCAUGCUUGUAUUGGUGGGACCAAUGUUGGUGAAGACAUCAGAAAACUGGAUUAUGGACAGCAUGUUGUUGCAGGCACCCCAGGGCGUGUGUUUGAUAUGAUUCGUCGCAGAAGUCUAAGGACUCGGGCUAUCAAAAUGUUGGUUUUGGAUGAAGCUGAUGAGAUGCUCAAUAAAGGUUUUAAAGAACAGAUUUACGAUGUGUACAGAUACCUCCCCCCAGCAACACAGGUGGUUCUGAUCAGCGCCACCUUGCCACAUGAGAUCUUGGAGAUGACCAACAAAUUCAUGACUGACCCCAUCCGCAUUCUGGUGAAACGUGAUGAGUUGACCCUAGAGGGGAUCAAGCAGUUUUUUGUGGCUGUAGAGAGAGAAGAAUGGAAGUUUGAUACAUUGUGUGACCUAUAUGACACGCUCACGAUUACCCAAGCAGUCAUUUUCUGUAAUACAAAGAGGAAGGUUGACUGGCUGACUGAGAAGAUGAGAGAAGCCAACUUCACUGUUUCCUCAAUGCAUGGUGACAUGCCUCAGAAGGAGAGGGAGUCCAUCAUGAAAGAGUUCAGAUCUGGGGCAAGCCGGGUUCUUAUUUCUACAGACGUUUGGGCCAGAGGCUUAGAUGUACCUCAGGUGUCCCUAAUUAUUAACUAUGACUUGCCCAACAACAGAGAAUUGUAUAUACACAGGAUUGGUAGAUCAGGCCGCUACGGCCGGAAAGGUGUUGCCAUCAACUUUGUAAAGAACGAUGACAUUCGUAUUCUGCGAGACAUUGAACAGUACUAUUCCACCCAGAUUGAUGAAAUGCCCAUGAAUGUUGCUGACCUUAUUUGAAGCAGCAAGGAGGGCAGAAGAGCAAGAGAAGAGAAAAGAAAAGCGCUUUCAAGUUAUUUGUAGUCUCUGGUGGCCAAAGGCUGCUUCUGACUCUACGUCUUACUGAUACUCAUCUAAAUAACCCUGACAUAAUUCCAAAACUGGCUAAAUAUGUCUGCUUCAGUUGAGGCUUGAUGAAUGAGUGUGAUCAGAAAGAGAUCUGUAUUAGUGAAGGGUAAUGCUAGAAGCAGCCACAAGGCCCUUUGAUAUUUUCUUUGAACAGUAUCACUGUGAAGUCUCCUAAACGUAAAAGUUAUUUUAAUUUUUUUUCUGAGAAAAGAUGGCAUCUCUGUAAAUAAGGUGUUCAACUGUCAUCCUACUUGCAACAUUUUGCCCUUAUUAAAAAUGGAAGUUUUUCAUAUA